AUGUUGGACAAACUGAAGCAUAAAGUUGAAAAACUGAAAAUAUCCAACAAGAAAGAGGAGAAUGUGCCGGAUAUGGGGAAAUCCGAUGGACUUUCCAGGAGGGAUAUUUAUCGUAAUAGGUACAAUUAUGGAGUGAAUUUUGGGUCGAUGUUUGUGCAAGAAAGCUACAUUUACCACGAUCUGUUUUCUGAAGGAGGCGGUAACGAACACGAGGCGGUUGGCGCGCUGGCUGCCAAGAGCUCAACCGAUGAAGUGGCCAAGAAGCUGCAGGAGCAUUAUAGCAAUUACGCUUCGGACCAGGAUUGGGAGUGGCUUCAGAAGGAGGCUGGCGUAACAGCGAUACGUUUGCCUAUAGGGUACUGGCACGUCGACAACGGCCGUUUCAUCACGUCUGGAAUGAAGUUCCACGACUUGAAAGACGUAUACAAGGCAGCCAAGCCAUGGGACGCAGUGCGCUCCGUGAUAAAAAAAGCCGCGGACCAUAAGAUUGGUGUGUUGGUUGACAUCCAUGGGCUUCCUGGCGGGGCCAACAACGACGACCAUUCAGGGGAGAGUAACGGGGGCCAGGCGAAAUUUUUUGCCAGCUCGGAUUUUGUCACGUCUUUGGUCGACGACGUGAUUCCGUUCAUAGUCAAAGAUGUCUGCCAGCCAAACGAAAAUGUUAUAGGUUUGCAGGUGGUCAAUGAGGCGGCCUUCAGUGACUCGGCGAAAGCGGAAAAGAAAUUCUACGCAAAGGCUAUCCAAGCCGUGCAAAAGAUCGACGACAGCUUGCCCGUGGUUAUUUCAGACGGAUGGUGGCCUGGUCAGUGGGCUGACUGGUUGGAGGACAAGAAACUGACGAACAGUGUAGUCAUCGACUCGCAUGUCUACAGGUGUUUCUCAGACGACGACAAGAAGAAAAAUGCCAAGCAAAUCACAGACGAUCUAUCCAAGUCGCUCAAUCUCUCCUCUGACAAGGCUGACUACAUGGUGGGCGAGUUCUCGUGCGUUUUAGACGGCCAGACAUGGGACAAAACGAAGGAGUCGCGCGACGAGUGUGUUGCAAAAUUCGGCCAAAAGCAGACACAAGUCUUCCAGGACCAAGCCAGCUGGGGUUGGUUUUUCUGGACCUUCAAGUUCCAAGAGGGCGACGGCGGUGAAUGGGGUUUCCGGCCGAUGGUUGAGAAGAAUUGCAUACCUCGCAGGCCACGUGUGGACCCGGCCACUGACGACGGCAAACUGCAGCAUAUCGUCGACGGCCACGCAGCGUAUUGGAAGGACAAGGGAGAUAAAUUCGAACAUUGGCGCUUCGAGGAAGGGCUACAGGCGGCUGUGGCAGACGUAGCUGCUUUCAACGAAUUCGACCAUUCCCGAGUGGGCAGAACCCAUUAUUUCACGUCGCUCCGCAAGGCCCAACACGUGGCCGCAAAAGGCGACAGCUCCUUCGUCUGGGAGUGGGAGCAAGGUUACCAACAGGGACUGGCGAAUUUCAAUAAGUACUAA